AUGUCAGCCGGCAAGAUGCACAUGCGUCUCCCUCCCUUGCGCGUCUUGCGUGUGCGCGAGGUGAAGCGUGAAGAAUCAAACCCCUGCAUUACCGUAAUGUCGUCCGUCCUCGCAUGCUGGGCAUCUUCCGGCUACAGUGCAGCCGGCUGCGCCACCGUCGAGCAAGCUCUGCGCGCAUGCAUGGACGGCCCCAAGCCAACUCCUCGGCCGCCCAACAACAUUAACUUCCACCUGGCGCGCAUGGCCAAGAAAGUUAACGGUCCGCGCAAGCAGAACGGCCUCAAGGACUAG